ACAAGGUGGUGCUUCAGAGGAGUGGCAGACGCAGACAGAAGCAGACUCAAAUAAAGCAGCUCUGCGCUCUUGAUUGUGGAGGACUUACUUUAACUUCACCGGGCUAACUGCUUGUCAGAAAAAGGAACCGUAUAUAUUUAUUUACCGCUGAGGUUUUGAGGUUUUAUUUAUUUUUAUUUUUGUAUUUUAUUAUUAUUAUUAUUUUUGUAGGGUUUUGUUACCAAACUUUAACUGAGGACUUAAUGCCGGCUCCAUGAGGAAUCCACAAACCUCCACAGAGGUCUGACCCUGAGCGUGUUGAAGACGUCAGGAAUCUUUGUUUUUAAGUUUAUUCCUCUUCCUUACCUCUGAGACAUGGUGCUCUGGAUCAUUCUUCCCAUCUUGCUAUCGCUGGUGUCCUUCAUUGGAACAUGGAGCGUGUAUGGCAUGGCCUACUCCAACAACCAUGUGUGCUCGUUGAGUGAUUGGAGCGGUAAAAACCACUGCACAGAGAAUAUAACCCAGGGAUGUUGCUUUGUUCCCACAAUAAGUGGAAGUGGGACCAGUGCUCCAGAAAGCUCGCUCUUUGCAGCGACAAUGAACGCUGGGACCUUUCUGUUCCUGCUGUUCACCAUAUUCCAUCAUGCCCAUAUAAUGGAGAGACAUGUGUGCCAUUCCAUGCUGAGCAAAUUUGCAUUAGCCUUUGGCUUGGUGGCGGCCAUUGGGGCCUUUGCUGCUGGGAACUGCAACCCGGGCGACGUAACACUCAUGCACUACCUCGGAGCUGCUGUCAGUUUCACGUGCGUCUGCUUCUACACCAUCCUGCUCACCGCCCUGACGGGAAAGUGCGUUCUGACCGGGUUUGAGAGGUUCCUCUUCCCCCUGCGCGUUGGUUUCACAGUGGUCCAAAUCACCGUGACUGUCUGCUACACCAUUCUGUUCGUCCAGGAGGAGUACUUCUACAACCACCUGUCCGCUGUGUUCGAGUGGAGCCUCAGCGUCAACCUGCAGAUGUUUGAGCUCACCUACGUCGUGGAGUUCUUCUUCUUCUCGUCCUUCAUGCUUUCAAACCUGCUGAGCAAACGCGAGGAGGAAAAGCCCUUGAUAUUAAGCAUGUCCUGAUAUGAGGCGGCCAGGGUCCAGCAAGAAAGCACAAACAGGGAUGAAAGACCGUACGGGACAUCAGUAACGACAGUGGCCGGACCCUGGCUCAAGGUUCAAUAGUGUUUUUAUGUUAUUUUAUUGUUUCAGGCACUGAUGGCUUGGAUUAUGUAUGAUGCUGUUUCAUCAUCUUGUCUCUUUUAUUUGAAACAAACUUCCUUAAGAUUGGUCAUUUCUUUUUCUUACCUAACAUAUUUAUUAAAUGACACUAAGUUUAACAGCAAAAGAACAAAAAAAAAACAUAUUUGUACUUGUAUGUACAAGGCUUUGGGAAAUUAUUCAUACCCCUUGAACCUUUUUCUCAUUUUCGUCACAUUAACCACAAACUUCCGCGUAUUGCUGUAGGACUUUAUGUGAUACAACAAUACCAAGCGGUGCAUUAUUGGGAGGGGGAAGAAAAAUUUUAUCUUUCAGAUUUGCCUGUGCAGAUUCUUGUCGUCUGGGUCAUCGCAACAGCAAACAGACUUAAAUCGGAGGCAAACGGACUUUUGCUCAGUUUUUCUAAAAAUGUUUCGAGACCUAUCCAGGAGUUUUUCUUUUUUCUGGUGGCUCACACUUUCAGAUUGUUUUACAUAUAAAAGCUGAUUAGUGAGGCGUCCAUUUGUGUUCGCAGCACUCCUGAGUCGGUACUUUCUAGAACAAUCUUUCACUGCAAUUACCGCUGCCCUGUGCAGACACCAAAAGAAUGGUGUCUGCAUGAGGUUUGCGCAUCUACAGGCUCAAAUGUCUGCACAUUCCUCUGUGCAGCUUAGCUUGUGCUCAGUCAGACUGGAUGGAUAGGAUAUUUCAACUCUUUCCGCAGACCUUUCUUUGGCUUUAGGUCUAACCUUUUUAUUAGCUUUGUUUCUACCGUAGGUUGAGGGUUUUGUUCCUGGCUGAAAGGUGAACUUGUCAUUUCAUCCUGGACUUCUCUGGAUUUAACGCCAUCCAGUCUCUGCUGAAGAAAAACCUGUCAUGAUGCUGCCACUGCCAUGUGUCACCCUGGGGAUUGUGUGUUCGGUGAUGUGGUCCAUCUAUGACCGGCUGUACAAGGAGGGCAUUAAUCGGAGAAGCAGCCGAGAGCUGCGUGGUUACUCUGGAGGAGCUGCAAAGUUCUGUAGCUCAGAUGGCAUAAUCCACAAACUUUUUCAACCAUGCAUAAUUUUCCUACCCCUUCCCAAUGAUGCUGCACUUUGUGUUUUAUCUGUCACAAGAAAUUCUAAUGAACUACAUUGAGGUUUGUGGUUGUACUGUGAUAAAAUCUGAUCAGGGGCGUGAAUAGUUUUUCCUUGGGUCUGUGUAUGGCACCUACCAGGAAACAACUUCCCAAAGCUUUGAUAGGAUGUUUUAAACUUGUGUGUGUGUUGUAGUGCGUGCAAUAACCUUUUGAAUGUGGACAGAGUGUACCAACAAACAUUUUCCCUUGUAGCUCAGCACAAAUAUGAAGUUUAGGCACUUUAAUAAAAUGAGGUUGUUAGAUGUGCUGUGUUGAUAGACAGGGUUGACGAUGAUGCUCUCAGGAGAAGAAGGGUGGAGUUCCAGCAGGUACAAAAGAUCCUGUUUGACUAGAUAAUUAAAGCCGAGUGACGUUUUGAACAAAGACUUGACGGUUCGUUCUCUCUGGACACGUUCAGACGUCAUCCUCCGCUGACUUCUCCCAGCGCAGAGGGUGUUGUCAGUUUCGUUUCUGUUAAAUUCCCUGUGUGAGUCUCUAACCUUCUUUUUGGAACAAGACUUAGAAACGGUGUAAAAGCAUCGAUUUCUGAGCACUAGAACAUUUAUGAAACAUCUUCAUGCGUGGUUAAGUCCUUGUUUUGACUCACCGGUUUAAAGGGACGGCUAAAAUAUGUGUUCAACACAAAGCCAGGAAAUAUCUUUGAAAUGUUAAAUUAUCUUUGCAAGAGAUGUUUUUUUUUUUAUUUGACAAAAACUAAUUCAGAAUUGCGAACGUGUUUUGCUACGUUCCAAGUGGUUAACAUUGUUAUGGGACUGGAUCCAAAACCUGCUUCUAUAGAGUUUAAAAUUCUCAUCUGCUGGGUUGGUUUAGCUUUAACCCAUAACCGACAGGUCCUCAGCGACUUUCUUUUAGAUACCUUCAAUUUCCGUUCAUCUCCAUGCUUCUUUUUGGGUCUGAUUGAAAGUUCUCGUCGUCGGCUUUGCUGGAAAAGGUCAUGAGAUCAAGGAUUAGUCAUGAGAACGUUGUAGAGGACGACCAAGUUACGAGAAUCCAGCUGUGUUUACACUAAGAUGUGAUGUUUGUAAUAAAACUGCACUAUAUACUUCA